CGCAAUUUAAAACAAUGAAAUUGAUCGGAUUAAUUUUUUUUGCCAUACUCAGCUUGGGACACUGCCAGCAAAUACCCUAUUGUUAUCAAGGGUGUUUUCACAAUGCUCCGGAAAGUGGUAUCCCGGAUUCAUAUGCACGCCCACAGAACACGUAUAAUCGUCCAGACGUGCAGAUAGAUGGAACAAAUUAUCUUCAACAGGUUCCGGCAAGUGGUAUCCCGGAUACAUAUGCAGGUCCACAUUAUAAACCUCCAGUUCCAUAUAACAGUCCGCCGUAUGCGUUAGGCGGGUAUAAUAAUCCCUCACCUAACAUUUUUUACUGGCCUACACCCAAUUGGCCCUAAUAUUGAUUUAGCAAUGAAUAAUAAAUAAAAUCAAAACGCAAAUAUGUAAAUCAAAAUCAAGGAAUCCACUUGCUUUAAAAUGAAACUUUUAUAUGAGCUUAAACUUUAUAAAGACCGUUAGAGAUAGUAUGUAGCUUCUGCUUAACGAAAGUUCUAUACUGUGGAAAAGUCGAGGUUAUGUAUAAUGUAAACUCUAUUAUAUUUUUUUCCUGCUGAGUUAUCUCAAUGAAAAUAAG